AUGAAGCUCCUCGCCAUCUCCAGCUUGCUCUUGCUCGCCGCCACUACCGGUGCGCGGGCCGAAGCCUACACACUUGCCAUCAAGUCCCACGACGGCCAGAUCGGCCACCUGAUCUAUGACUACGACGAUCAGACUGUUGGCUUCUACUACAUCAGCGAGGUCGCCCCGGACCCAAGCUCCCAGGACUGGGACCUGUACGUCGAUGAAGAUAGUAAGGUGGACGUCGUCAGUGGCAGGUACAACAAGCCGGUGGAUGCCGACGAUCCCAAGUGGCCGCGCGUCUUGACCGAUGUGCUCCGGGAGCUCGUGGAUGGGCGGCCCUAUUCAAACCUCCGCAUCAAAUUGCAAUCCGAGGGCGAAUACGAGGACUAUCCCAUUUCUGGUGUCUUCAGCCAGCUGUCGGCUGCAAGCAACACGUAG